AACGGGACAGUUGCUUUCUUCAUUGAGUAAUCUAAAUAAUUAAUACGAAGUGGUGUUUUGUGGUUAAUGAUCGCAUUAAGUUAGUCGGAAGACAUUCGCGAGUGUUAUUAUAUUGGAGUAUUCAAUAAACAAAGUGUAUCUGCCUAUUUUCGCUUCGUGCCGGGAAGCCGCUUCAUAACUCAAAAGUUUAUGCGGACUUUUGAGUUAAUUCGUUUGGGGUUCGGAGUAGGAGUCUACUCCGAGGGUGGGGGCUUAGGUUUCAUCAUCAUCACCUUUCAUCAUUUCAUUAAUCAUCAAGAAAAAAAAUACGUAAGACAUGGCUGUAUGGGCAUAGUUCCCUUUGCCUUACCCUUCGGGGAAAAACAAAACAAAAAAAAAAAAAAAUUGGUGACAGUCUUGCAAGCGUUGUGUUUGACAGUUUACGUGGAGGACGGUGGUUGUUCUUGUUUCUUCGUAAUCUUCUUCUAGAAUUUCGUAAUAUAUAUAACAGCCGGUUAGUCGCUUUGAGAUGUCAUAUUUUUAUUUUGCAUUAAUAAAAUGUCGGAUUGGUAUUGGCGAGUGAUUGCUUUGAAGGCAGCGUUUAUAUUAACUUGUUUUUCGUCUUAUCUUCGUGCUGAUGAUGAUAACAUUCAGAAACUGCCGUUCUGCAACCCAGAUGAUGCCGCAGUCAACGACUUGGUGUUAGUGUCGACACUGGAUGGGAAGUUGACUGCAUUUGCCACACACAAUGGCAUCAAGGCUUGGCAUGUUGAAACACAGCCUCUUCUCUCCUCCAACCUGCAUCAUGUCGAGCUCACGGCUGGUGGUAAAUGGGUGCGGCUGGUGCCUUCCCUGCGAGGCACUCUGUACAGCCUCAGCGGGGAGAACAUAGAGCCUCUGCCCUUUGACGCUGAGCAGCUCCUCUCCUCCUCCUUCAAGUAUUCCGACGACUUGGUCAUAGCUGGUGCUCGCGAGACGCUGUGGGUGGGUGUGGACGCUCGGACAGGCUCGGUGGUGUACGAGUGCGGUUCAGGCGGGUGCUCCAACGAGCAACAGACGGCGGGCGCGGGCCGAGAUCUGCUCGUGCUUCGCCGGCACUCCAGCACCGUACGCGCGCUCGACCCGCGCACCGGCGGGGAGAAAUGGAACUUCAGCGUGGCAGAGCACCAAGUGGCGCUGAACCGACGCGAGUGCGCGGGCCGGGGCGCAGGUCCAGGCGCCGCUGCCGUCGCCGUGGCGGUGGCGCUGCCCGAGGGCGUCGUCGCUAUCUCCCGCCCUGGGGACCCCACACCAUUAUGGCAACAGAAGCUGGACGCCCCGGUGGCAGGAAUGUGGCGGCUGCAAGGCGGGUCGUUGCAGCAUAUUGACGUGUUGUGGGAGGCGACGCGGUCCCUUGUCGAGGGCGCCGCCACCGCGCCUCCGUCCUUAUACAUCGGCGUGCACGACCGGCAGCUAUACAUUCAGGAGAGUCCGUUGUACGCACAGAAGCUAGAGACAGCAGUGUCUUCGAAACCGGUGCCUUGGAAGCUGAUGAACAGCCGCCCCCUCCUCACAGGAGGUGACACAGCCCUAACUCCGCUGGAGAAUUCAGACCCCAAUACUCUCUCACUCAUCACCUUGUACGGAAACACCGGCCAACAAGGCAACCACGGCUUCUUCCUGUACCUGCAAGAGACGUGCGACCAAUCGGUGCAAGUGACCGACGAGUCGCUCGACGGGCCUGACAUCGUCCUACCUAACAUCAGCGACGACCAGUCCGACCACCACCACGUACACGUGCACGUCUACUCGCUGUGGUUCUGGUGGAAGGAAGUCAUCCUCAUCGCCGUCUCCUCAGCCCUGCUUAUGAACUUGAUGAUCUGGCCAAGAUUCUUCGCGCCCAAAGUCAGACCCUCAACACCUCUACCAAUAAACCAAGAGUGCAUCAUCGUUGAAAGACAUUACGAAAGACCGGCUUCGAACACCACAAUGCAACCGAAGAAUUGGGGUCGUUAUGAGACUGACUUCACGCCGCUCCGUUGUUUGGGGAAAGGAGCGUUCGGUGUAGUCUUCGAGGCGAGGAACAAUAUCGAUCAUUGUUCCUACGCUGUGAAGAGGAUCACUCUGCCGCGGAGGAAGCAGAAGCGUGACCGUGUGCUGCGCGAGGUCCGCGCGCUGGCGGUGUUGGACCACGAACACAUCGUGCGCUACUUCAACGCGUGGGUCGAGGAGCCGCCUGCCAACUGGCAGGAGGACCGCGACGCGCAGUGGGCCAAGCAACUGGAAGGCGCGUCAGUGUUGCUAUCAGAGGAGUACACGGCCUCGCAGCUGCCAUGCAAGUCACCGGUGUCGCCCGCGCCGCCCGGACCGAGGGGCCGCGGAGACAGCGUCCUGCUCAACAUCCACAAGCCUAUAGACGACUGCAUCGACGCGCUCGAAUUUGAUCGCGCCGAACAGUCGAAGAGGCACAGGUCGUUAAGCUGCAACGAUUCAUUCAGCGUCGUGUACGAUGAGAAUGAGAACUCGAAAUAUUCCAACUCGUCAAGUCGCACGACUACCAAGAGGUCUAUGACCUCAGGGCCAACAAACACCCUCUCCCGACACGUCUCAGAGUACGACGAGUCAUCGUCAAUAGUGUUUGAACAGUCCGAAGGACAAGUCUCCGAGGCCAGGGAGUGCUCAAACAAGGCGCUUGACAGGCUCAAGCGAACUGAAGAAUGGAAUUCAAAGACUGAUACCAAAAGCGGCAAGAAAAAGAAGGGCCACACGCGGCACUGGUCGCUGGACAUGUGUGUGGAGGGCCAGCCGGCGGCCAGCAAGAUGUACCUGUAUAUCCAGAUGCAGCUGUGUUGUCGCGACAACCUGCACGACUGGCUGCUGCAGAACCACACCUGGGAGGCGAGGGGCGGCAAGGUCCGUCAGCUAUUCAGCCAGAUAGUAUCAGCGGUGGAGUACGUGCACCGCGCAGGGCUGAUGCAUCGCGACCUGAAGCCGAGCAACAUACUGUUCGCGCCGGACGGCCGCGUCAAAGUCGGUGACUUCGGCCUCGCCACCACCAUGGGGGACGGGCAGGACGCGUCCGCCGAUAGGGCGGCCGUCCCACACGUGCACACUAGCCAAGUCGGGACAGAGUUAUACAUGUCGCCGGAACAGCGGAGCGGGAAGAAGUACGACUACAAAGUGGAUAUAUACUCGCUGGGCCUCAUAAUGUUCGAGCUGUACUACCCGUGCUCGACGGACUCGGAGCGCAUAACUUGCUUACGCAACGUGCGCGGCGGACUCUACCCGCCGCGGUUCCACGAGAACCAUCCCGAAGAGGUGGAGGUGCUGAAGGCGAUGCUAAGCGAGGACCCAGCGCGGAGGCCUACAGCAAUGGGGCUCCGAUGCCGCGCGCCGCUCUACGAGUUACCCGACGAAAGAGCACUGUGUAAGGUGGCCGUGAGGUGGUUGAGGGCGUUGAGCCGAGGACAGGGGGUCCUGUACAGACCCAACAGUGUGUGCACCAAACGCAUGACACCAAUGAGGGUGCUCCGUGAAUAUCUCGCACAUACCGGACCCACACCGGGAUCUGCGAAGAAAAAACGGAAGACUUUGAAGAAUGAAAUCUACAAGAUACCAACUAGAACGAAGCAGACUAAGCCAAAAUUUAUAAAGUCGUCUCAAGUGAUCAAGAAACUGCAAAAGCAGUCGUCGAUAGAAGAUAAUUUGUCCAUCGUGAUGUCGACUUGCUCCAAGGAACUGUUAGAGUAUUUAGUGAAUAGAGUGAACAGGAACGAUGUCGGGGAUAUCGAUGAGGUGUACGCUGACGAUUUAAAGAAAUUUGCCGUCACUCUACACUUCUACAGUCCAAAAGCGUAUGAGUACAUAAGAAAGAAAUUCGACCUGAGUUUGCCAGAUCCUAGGGCAAUAUCGUUGUGGUAUCUGAAGUCGGACCGUCGGCCUGGGAUCACGCAGCAAUCCGUGGACUGUAUAAAGAUGCGUGCAGGCGGCAAGCGGGCCCUAGUUUGUCUCUUACUGAACGAUAUUGCCAUUAAGGAGAAGGCGGAAAGUGAUGGCUGCCACCUCCACGGAUAUGUUAACGUCGGUAACGAUUUAUAUGGAGAUUAUGUCGAGAAAGCCAACGAGGCGUUACUCGUCACGGCGGUGGCCGUCAAUCAGUCCUGGAAGGUCCCGCUAGCCUUUUUCUUCGGUAGGAACUUCACACCCACACAGAAAGCGACUCUAUUAAAGUUAUGCAUAGACGCGGUGUCCGAAAAAGAUAUUGAAAUCAUUUCUAUAACGCUGCAGGGCAGUCCAUCUAACGUAAACCUAGCCAAAGUUCUCGGGGCAAACGUAGACACUCCACCGUUUCAGCCGUACUUUACUUAUAAUGACAAUAAAUAUUUUCUUAUCGUAGACUGCUUCCAUCUGGCUACAACGAUCAGACGGAUAUUCAUGGCAUGUCAAAUUCUAUACCAUGAGAAAGAGAAGAUUGACUUCUCUUACAUAGAGAAGCUGCAGAUGGUCAGUGACCGAACUCACCUCACUAACAGGCGCUUGGCCUACAUGUGGCACGACACCGUCGCUGCCGAGCUAGAACGUUUGCGGACACAAGAGUUUUUACAAUUUGCCGACUCUGGGCCUACCGUCACGUUCAUAAGAAACUUUAGCAUCGCGUUUGAUACGCUACUGUAUAAAAGAUGCAACAAGCGCAAUUGCCAACAAAUGUGCCAGGAUUAUUACAACAUUUCUGAAUACAUACGCAAAUUGAAAUAUCCAAAUGAUGAAUUGGUCGUACACUCGUCGAGGAAACUGUGUUUUACUUUGUUACUGUGCAACAUGUAUGUCCUGACGUGCUUGUACAGUGAUUAUAUUAAGACUAAUAAAUUAAAAUAUUUUGUGACAAGUAAAUUAGCAUCGCCUAGGUUUAUAAAAAGGACUAUAUCCGCGAAAGAUUUGUCUUUGAUUUACUGCCAGUUUUUACAUCGCGCGGGCGUGGGAAGUUACGUAGAUGGUGGUAUGUUGGAAGAAGCUAGGGCAUUGGAACACAGACCGCAAAGCAACGCAGCUAAGCAACGCUUCGCUACCACUAGGAUUAAAAAGAAGGAGCAGGAUAGACCUGAGCUUCACAGGUCUCUGACCAAAUAGUGUAUACUCACAUCACAGUUUAAAUGUGUUAGAAUGUAACUUUUUUUUAAUAAAAACUUAUAGGUAAUUUUGACGCCGUACAGGUGUAGAUUAAUUUAGGAGAUAACAAAAACUGUCAUGUUUUAGGUAUAACUGCAGCCGUAAUAUGGCAACCGCAUAACGCGCGUGACGCCAUGUUUUAUACCAAUAAAAUCGCUUUAUUUAUCGCUGAGCCAAUAGCGAAGGUUCGUAUAUCGCAACGCGCGCGGUAUACGCGUAACAAGCCAAGGGAGCUGGUUUAUGCACUUUUAUUCUAGCACAGAUUGCGAUGAAUGAGCCGUAGAGUAGAAUAUUCUUUAUCUGACACAAGUACGUGUCAGAAAAAUUUUGUUAUAAGCAUACGAGUAUUAAGUAGGUAUUUAUCUCUUGCAUUUGAUAUAUUAAAUUACUAUUCUCGACCAUUAGCGGCGGUUGCCAGUGAUUGAUGUUAACUGUAAGUUUUAAACAAAUACAAUUGAAUCAACGUCAGCGGGCUUAGCACCGUAAGUGCGCGACUCUUUCUCGCCGCGACAGAGAUCAUCUGUCUCUUUCUGUGCGUACUGCACACUGUGAGAGAGUGACGUGGGACGUAUGUCGAGGCGAGAACGAGUCGCGCGCUUACAGUGCUAAGCCCGCAGGUGUUUCUUCAUCCCCUUAUAUUUAUAAGUUUUAAUGUAAUCGAGCAAUAUGAUUUUAUAGUGUUAAGAGUACUGAAAUUGUAAGACUGGGUGUAUGAUGGGUGAGGUAUUGAUAUUUUUGGUACGUAAUUAGUUAGGCGCAGGAUCAUUAUUAAUAAAAUAUAAAAUUGUAUAAUUUGUUUCAAAAUUAGAUAAUGCAUAUUAUUAUUAGUGCCAAAAUUCUUGUUUCAAUGUGUAAUAAAAUAAUACAAAAAAUGCGAUUACUCUAAAUGACUGUUAACCCAUAUCUGUUUCUGUAUUUUCAUGUAAAUUAUGUUUAGAUUAUAAACAAUAGCUAUUAUGACAAAUAAAUGUACCCACAAUAAAUAAUAA